AAUUUUAGCGCCAAAAUGGCGUCCAAAAUGGUAACGUACCAUUUUAGGGCGGAAUAAGGUUUCAUAUGAAUAAAUAAAAGUUUUAAAUCGUUUUUAAACCGAAUUGCGCGCCUUGUGGCGCACAGAAACCUGCUGCUUGUGCCGACCUGCUGAUAGUGCACCAAUCGCGCGCAGCUACGUGAGCGCCGCAGCUGCAAGCAUUGGCAGGCCAGCAGGUUUAGCUCGACCGUCGGGCGAGAGCCACAGACGAAAGAUUUGUUUACGUUUUUCUCGUGCAACUGUGCUACAUAUCGCAACGCGAUGUCGUCGCUACCGAAACCAGCGGUGAACUAACAGCAGCCCGCAGGAGUAUUACGAGCAGCUGGAGUCGAUCGUACCGUAAAGAUGGUCGAAAUCGGCAACUCGAGCCUCCUGCAUCUUGGGGACAUUGUCUCCUUGUACGCGGAGGGCAAUGUCAGUGGUUUUCUCAGCACACUUGGGCUUGUUGACGAUCGUUGUGUUGUGUGUCCCGAAGCAGGUGACUUGGCAAAUCCACCCAAAAAAUUUAGAGACUGCCUGUUUAAAAUAUGUCCUAUGAAUCGGUACUCGGCCCAGAAGCAGUUCUGGAAGGCCGCCAAACAAAGUAUGACUUCAAACACCGACGCCGGAUUAUUGAAACGGCUGCAUCAUGCCGCGGAGAUUGAGAAGAAGCAGAAUGACAGCGAGCAUAAAAAAAUGUUGGGAUCCAAUGUGCCAUAUGGCACUGUUGUACAGUUACUCCACUUAAAAUCUAACAAAUACCUCACGGUGAACAAGCGUUUACCAGCGUUAUUGGAGAAGAAUGCGAUGCGUGUGUACUUAGACGGUAACGGUAAUGAAGGCUCAUGGUUCUACAUUCUACCAUUUUAUAAAUUGCGUGCGAAUGGUGAUAAUAUCGUGCUCGGCGACAAAGUCAUUCUAAAUCCAGUCAACGCCGGUCAGCAAGUGUUACACGUUGCAGCUAAUCAUGAGUUGCUUGAUAAUCCUGGAUGUAAGGAAGUGAAUGUUGUAAAUGGCAGCACUUCCUGGAAAGUCACACUGUUUCUCGAACACCGCGAGAAUGCCGAGGACGUACUUAAAGGCGGCGAUGUCGUGCGAUUAUUCCACGCCGAGCAGGAGAAGUUUCUCACAAUGGACGAGUACAAAAAGACUCAGAAUGUUUUUCUGAGGACAACAGGACGAACAUCUGCAACGGCCGCUACAAGUAGUAAAGCAUUGUGGGAAAUUGAAGUGGUUCAACAUGAUCCAUGUCGAGGAGGAGCAGGACACUGGAAUUCGUUGUUUAGGUUCAAGCAUUUGGCAACAGGGCAAUAUUUAGCUGCGGAUGUGGACGCUGAUCAGACCAUGGAUCAAAUGCGGACGAAACUGCGGCAAGAUUUGGGAUCAUCCGGGGAAUCACAGGUGUAUCAUCUGGUCCCUGUUGCGUUUUCCAAUGAAAUCGCAUCGUUGUUUGAGCUUGAUCCUACAACACUCACACGCGCUGAUUCUUUGGUACCGCAGUCGAGUUAUGUACGCCUUCAUCAUCUUUAUUCUAACACCUGGGUACAUUCUACGUCGAUUCCUAUAGAUAAGGACGAGGAAAAACCUGUUAUGUCAAAAGUGGGAUGUGCGUUGAUGAAAGAAGACAAAGAAGCAUUCGCACUUAUAUCAGUAUCACCAGUUGAAGUGCGAGAUUUAGACUUUGCGAAUGACGCCUGCAAAGUUUUAUCAUCUUUAUCAGGAAAGUUAGAAAACGGUACGAUAUCACACAAUGAGCGCCGUGCGGUUACCACCUUACUGCAGGACAUUGUUUACUUUGUCGCUGAAUUGGAGAAUGACCAAAACAAAACGGAAGCGUUGGAUCUCAUCGUGACCAAUCCGAAUCGCGAUCGUCAGAAACUCCUGCGUGAACAGGCAAUACUUAAGCAAUUAUUCAAAAUACUGCAGGGACCAUUUCAGUCAAUCGACGGCAAGCCGCCAUUUUUGAAGAUUGAAGAACUGAACGACCAGCGGCACUCACCGUACAAGUAUAUAUUUAGAUUAUGUUAUCGUAUCUUGCGACUCAGUCAACAAGACUACCGGAAGAAUCAAGAAUAUAUCGCAAAACAUUUCGGCUUCAUGCAAAAACAAAUCGGCUACGAUAUCCUCGCCGAAGACACGAUCACAGCUCUUCUACACAACAAUCGUAAACUUUUAGAAAAACACAUCACCGCAGCGGAGAUAGAAACUUUCGUUGGUCUGGUACGCAAAAACAUGCGCAACUGGGAGAGUAGAUUCCUCGAUUACUUAUCAGAUCUUUGCAUAUCCAACCGGAAAGCCAUCCCGGUCACACAGGAAUUGAUCUGUAAGAGUGUUCUAAGCGAAAAGAAUCGCGAUAUUCUUAUAGAAACAGAAAUCGAAGAAGUCCAAGAUAUUCCCGAUACCAACUCACUGUCUGGUAAUGAUAACGAUGAAGAUUUUGAAUCAAUUGUUGAUGUAAUUGAAGAACGCCAAGUUGUCCUGGUGUGGAAUCGUAAUCGUCGCAUGAGUUUAGCAGGACUUUGUGUUAAUGCAAAGCUGGGGAUACGCGAUGAUCAAGCCAUUUUGGAUUAUUAUAAACAUCAGCUCGAUUUGUUUUCGAAUAUGUGCUUGAAUCGACAGUAUUUGGCGCUGAAUAUCCUCUCGGAGCAAUUGGAUAUAGAUUUGAUUCUGAAAUGCAUGGCGGAUGAGAGUGUUAGUUAUGAAUUGCGGGCGUCAUUUUGUAGGCUUAUGUUGCACCUGCAUGUGGAUCGCGAUCCACAGGAACCUGUCACGCCGGUGAAGUAUGCGAGGCUGUGGUCGGAGAUUUCGACGAAGAUGUCUAUUAACGAUUAUGAUCGGAAUACAAGCCCGGAUGAGAAUAAGGAAGCGGUGCAGAGGCGAUUCAGCUCGACGAUUUCUUUUGUCGAAGACUAUUUAUGCAAUGUGGUGGCGAAGAUGUGGAGUUUUGCUGAUCAGGAACAGAAUAAAUUGACGUUUGAGGUAGUAAAGUUGGCGAGAGAACUAAUCUAUUUCGGUUUUUAUAGUUUUUCUGAUUUGUUACGACUAACGAAAACGUUGCUUAGUAUUUUGGACUGUGUUUCCGAGAACGAUUUUGUUGAUGGACGCUUACCCAUUGGCGAUGUCGACUCUCAGGAACAAGAGUCGGAAAAUUCACGUGCGACGACGACGCGAGCUGAAGGAGGUGUACUCCGAUCGAUUGGUGAUAUGGGAGCUGUGAUGACCUCGUUGGCGCUUGGUCCUGUCGGUAGAUCUGUCGUUUCGCCCAAUGGUAGUUCACAUGGUAAAGGUGGACUCAAAGAGUAUCCGCUUGUAAUGGAUACCAAGCUGAAAAUAAUCGAAAUUCUGCAGUUUAUCCUUGACGUUCGUCUUGAUUAUCGUAUUAGUUGUUUACUAAGCAUCUUUAAACAAGAAUUCGACGAGUCUGAGAGGAACGGUUCGGAUUUAUCCGCACUGGGACAGAAAAACAUUGAUCUAGAAUUGAUCGGGAGUCAAGCGGAAGGAAUUUUCGGUAGUAGUGAAGAAUGUGCCGUUCUUGAUUUGGACGGUCAUGGUGGUAGGACAUUUCUACGCGUCUUGCUUCACUUGACAAUGCAUGAUUAUCCUUCGUUGGUUUCCGGCGCAUUGCAUUUACUCUUCCGGCAUUUUAGUCAGCGACAAGAAGUGUUGCAAGCUUUCAGGCAAGUCCAACUUUUGGUUUCGGACAGUGACGUUGAAUCGUACAAACAAAUCAAAGCCGAUUUAGACGUAUUACGGCAAAGUGUAGAAAAGUCAGAACUGUGGGUGUACAAAUCUAAAAGUGCUGAAGAUCAUAGCUCAUCAACAGGGAAGAAGAAUAAAGAUGACGAUGAGGAUGUAUCGGCCACACCAGCAAGAAAGUCCCCGCCUACUUUAAGCACCAUUGAAAAGAAAGGAUCUGCUAUUAAUCUGGAUGUGGGUCCGCCAUUGCAUCCCGAGCAAGCAGACGAGUACAAGAAGAUCCAAUUAAUUUUGAAACGCAUGAAUAAGUUGUGCACGCAAGGCACCAGCGCUACUUUGAUCAAGCCGCGGAAACACGAACAGAGAUUGUUGCGUAAUGUUGGCGUGCAUACUGUGGUCCUGGAUUUGUUGCAGAUUCCGUACGAUGAGAAGGAAGAUGUGCGGAUGAACGAAUUAAUGCGAUUAGCUCAUGAAUUCUUACAGAAUUUUUGUCUGGGCAAUCAACAGAAUCAAGUUUUAUUGUACAAGCAUUUGGAUUUAUUUUUAAACCCUGGUAUUCGGGAAGCUCAAACAAUAUGUGCAAUCUUUCAAGACAACUCAACACUGUGCAAUGAAGUGAACGAGAAAGUGAUACAACAUUUCGUGCAUUGUAUUGAAAGUCAUGGCCGCCAUGUGCAAUACCUAAAGUUUCUGCAGACGAUCGUAAAAGCAGAAAAUCAAUUCAUCAGAAAAUGUCAGGAUCUUGUAAUGCAAGAGUUGAUUAACUCUAGCGAAGAUGUCCUAGUGUUUUACAAUGACAAGGCAUCUUUCAAUCACUUUAUCGAAAUGAUGCGCUCUGAACGCCAUAGCAUGGACGAAGGCAGCCCUUUGCGGUACCACGUCGAGUUGGUGAAACUUCUUGCCUGUUGCACGAUGGGCAAGAACGUUUACACCGAAAUCAAGUGCCAUAGUUUGUUACCCCUUGAUGACAUUGUCGCAAUGGUAACGCAUCCAGAUUGCAUUCCUGAAGUAAAAGAAGCAUACGUUGGCUUCCUUAAUCAUUGCUACAUUGACACCGAGGUGGAAAUGAAGGAGAUUUACACAUCUAAUCACAUGUGGAGCCUAUUUGAGCGCUCAUUCCUGGUUGAUAUGGCCGACAUUGCGACGGCUCCCAUUGACCGCAAGCAUCACGACAAGGCGCUGGAGAAUUACGUCACCAAUGGCGUGAUGAACAUCAUCUCGACGUUCUUCAGCAGCCCGUUUUCGGACCAGAGCACCACAGUUCAGAAACAUCUGCAUGAGGCAAGGGUCUAUUGGAGCGAUUCUACGCUGGAUGACUACGAUCCGUUCGCGGCCGUGGCCCCGCUUAAGUAUUCGCCAUUUCCUUCCAGCGACACCCGGCAACCCAUUUUUGUGCAAUUGUUGCAAUCGGCAUUUAGAGUAUCCCAGUGUCCAUGGUUAGCUGCUUCACAACGCUUUAAUGUUGAAAACUGUAUACGUACGCUCUCAGAAGUUGCUAAAAAUCGAGGAAUUGCUAUACCAUUGGAUUUAGAGAGUCAGGUAGCUACCAUGUUCAAUAAAGCGACCAUUCUUACACGACAAACAAGCAAAUGGUUGCAGGCUUCUAAGCUACCCAAAAUCGAACGGUCACAAUCCCAAUUGAUGCGACUGGACAGGAGCAUAAUCGAAGGACUGCAAGACAUUGUCUCCUUGUUGGAGGAUCAACUGAAGCCUUUGGUACAAUCAGAACUUUCCUUACUGGUUGAUGUACUCUACAGACCAGAGUUACUAUUUCCGCCGGGGACAGAGUCACGUAAGAAAUGCGAAAGUGGCGGUUUCAUCCGCCGUCUCAUCAAGCACACCGAGAAACUUCUGGAGGAGAAAGAAGAAAAAUUGUGUGUGAAAGUUCUGAAGACUCUGCGGGAAAUGAUGGCGAUAGAUCCGGAAUAUGGAGAAAAGCUGGAAAAUAUAGCGGGGGAUGUUCUUCGUAACAGUUUGUUGACGCGUUACUUUGGGAAGGCAUUCAUUCCGAAGAAUGAUGUGGAUGUGACAUCGAUUCAGGUCUCUUCACAGAUGCAUGGCCCAGGUGCGAAGAUUCUUAGCAGGGCUUGUCGAACCCUUCACGAAGUACAAACUCACUUGGAUAAGGAAGGCGCAUCUGAUUUGGUUGUGGAACUAGUGAUAAAAUCACUAAAUUCUUCUUCGAUAUUUAGUGAGGCGGUUGAGUUAGGAAUUGCUUUGCUCGAGGGAGGAAAUCCAAUCAUCCAACGGAGCAUGUUUAAUAAACUAAUGGGCGGCGAUCUUAGUCAAGCAUUCUUCAAAGUUUUCUAUGAUAAAAUGCGCGAUUCGCAACAAGAGAUAAAGUCAACUGUGAGUGUCAACACCUCGGACAUGGCCGCCAAAGCACACGAAGAUAAACAAGAGGGUAAAGAGGUGGAUAAAACAACGCGUAAGCAAGGCACCAAAUCGAACGGUAUUUUAAUCACUGAGGAGUUGAGAGAUGAACUCAGUCGUGCCGCAGAAAGUACAUCGCAUAGUUAUGCCAACGUGCGAAGUAUUGGUGCCGCAGGUGACGAUAAUGGUACAAUGGUGGUCGGGGCCGUUUCCGCGUUCGAGGAUAUGCUCGCUGAAAAGUUGGAAAAGCAUCGCGAUCGCGAGGAACAAAGCGGGUUGUCCAGUAAAGUGUUAAUAAUGCAACCAAUCCUACGGUUUUUGCAAUUACUAUGCGAGAAUCACAAUCCAUCGUUGCAGAAUCUUCUACGUAAUCAGAAUAACAAAACCAAUUAUAAUCUAGUAUCGGAAACGCUCAUGUUCUUGGAUUGCAUCUGUGGAUCGACCACAGGAGGUCUCGGGUUGUUGGGAUUGUACAUCAACGAAAACAACGUGGCGCUCAUCAAUCAAACUUUAGAGACGCUCACGGAAUACUGUCAGGGGCCAUGCCAUGAUAAUCAGAACUGUAUUGCCACCCACGAAUCAAACGGGUUGGACAUAAUCACUGCGUUGAUCCUCAAUGAUAUCAAUCCUUUGGGGAAAUCUAGAAUGGAUCUAGUCUUAGAAUUGAAGAACAAUGCUUCUAAACUACUUCUUGCUAUCAUGGAGAGUCGCGGUGAUAGCGAAAACGCAGAAAGGAUUCUUUAUAAUAUGAAUCCUAAGCAGUUGGUAGACGUGGCUUGCAGAGCGUUCCACCAGGAGUCCUUGGAGGAUGAUGAAGACGAAGGGGACGCGGGCGAUGAUGGUGCAGCGGUAUCGCCACGCGAAGUUGGCCAUAAUAUUUAUAUUCUGUGCCAUCAGCUUGCACAGCACAAUAAGGAAUUGGCUGCGCUGCUCAAACCAAUUGAUGGAGGAAAUGAUGCCAAGACACAAUUGGCGUUGUUGUAUUAUGCAACGCACACGGCUCAAAUUGAAAUUGUGCGCAAUGAUCGCACUUUGGAGCAAAUUGUUUUUCCUAUUCCAGAAAUCUGUGAGUAUAUUACCACGGACACCAAGUAUAGAAUUCUUACUACGGCGGAAAGAGAUGAUCAAGGGUCAAAGGUAGCGGAGUUUUUCGACCGUACCGAUUCGAUGUUUAAUGAAAUGAAAUGGCAGAAGAAACUUCGAACGCAACCUUUGCUCUUCUGGGUGAGCAACUACAUGUCUCUCUGGAGUAACAUCCUCUUCAACUGCGCCGUGCUUAUAAAUCUAAUCGUGGCAGUGUUUUAUCCAUUCAAUGACACAGUACCUAAACUUAGUUCAACUGUAUCCGCACUUAUAUGGGCGGCGAUGACGACAGCGGCGGCCAUUGUGAUCACUCUACCUCGCGAAACUGGCAUACGUACGUUUGUCGCGUCGACAAUUCUACGCUUUAUAUUCUCCCUUGGACCUGAGCCGACGCUCGCGCUGUUGGGAACGUUGACCGUCUUCCUCAAGGGCAUCCAUCUAGUCAGCAUCAUGGGCAACCACGGCACCCUGACGAAGACUUACCAGAAGAUCGUCACCGACGCAGAGCUGCUCUAUCACCUAGCUUACUUAAUCUUCUGCAUGCUUGGUAUUCUAAUGCAUCCGUUCUUCUUUUCUGUACUUUUAUUCGACGUGGUUUACCGCGAAGAAACACUUCUCAACGUGAUCAGAUCAGUCACUCGUAAUGGUCGUUCGAUCAUUUUAACUGCUGUGCUGGCGCUCAUCUUGGUCUACAUGUUUUCGAUAAUUGGAUACAUGUUCUUCAAGGAUGACUUCAUGUUGAGCGUAGAUGAUGACAGCAAUACGCAUCACACGGGACCUGCGGAUGAGUUCAGUUGCGAGGCAAUGCAUGAUAAAUACUCAUCGGAUCCGGGACAUGAACAGUUGCACUGCCAUCGUGAAGUGCGUGAACGCGCCUGCGAUUCGCUCAUCAUGUGCAUUGUGACCACGUUGAAUCAGGGUCUGCGUAAUGGCGGUGGUAUUGGUGACAUCCUGCGUGCGCCAAGCAGUUCGGAAGGAUUAUUCGUCGCACGUGUCGUCUACGAUUUACUAUUCUUCUUCGUGGUCAUUAUUAUUGUGCUCAAUCUUAUUUUUGGUGUCAUUAUUGACACUUUCGCUGAUCUUAGGUCUGAGAAGCAGCAGAAGGAAUUGAUCCUGAAGAAUACCUGUUUCAUCUGCGGUCUGAAUCGGUCUGCAUUUGACAAUAAGACCGUCAGUUUUGAGGAGCACAUCAAGUGCGAGCACAAUAUGUGGCACUACCUGUACUUCAUCGUGUUGAUUAAAGUCAAGGAUCCUACGGAAUUCACAGGACCAGAGAGUUAUGUUUAUGCCAUGGUGAAGUCGUCGAAUUUAGACUGGUUCCCGAGACUGCGUGCAAUGAGUCUGGCGUCGGUGGAGCACGACGGGGAACAGAUUGAACUGAGAAGCUUGCAGUCCCAACUUGAAAUCACGCAGGUCCUUGUCACGAAUUUGUCGCAACAGUUAAUGGAAUUGAAGGAUCAGAUGGCGGAGCAACGUAAGCAGAAGCAGCGCAUUGGGUUGUUUAAUACGGCGUAUCAACACGCCAACAAUUUACCGUAAACGCAGUUAUACUCGAAAUGCUGUGUGUCAAUACAAUCGGAAUUCUUCUUAAGUCCCUUGACGCAACUUAUGAUAUCAGUAAGCUCAGAUUGUGCGAAAUGCAUGCGUUAGUAAAAAAAAAACUAUUAGGUAAUACUCAAUUGUUAUUCUAAAUGCUGUUUUUGAAAAGGUUGCAUUUAAGAUGUUUUACUAUGUUGUAAUUUCCCAAAAACGAAAACGAGAACAAUCAUUUUUUCAAUUGUAAGACUAUUAUGAUGUGUUGUAUUAUUGGCAAUUUUAUUGAGAGAGAAUGUUACAGUAUAAUGAUAAAUUUGUAUAUUAAAUAGAGUUGGGAGUAAUACAUAUAAAGUAAUAAGUAAA